CCUGCGCUCGUCUAUCUUCUUGAUUCAAAGACGUCUGCGACAUGGCUCGAUUUCGGAGUAAAGCCAAGGCAUCGCCACUCCCUGCCACCGCCAUGACCGACCCUGCAACCGAGGCCAAGGUUGCAGAAGAGGCUGUCAAGGAGAAGUCUGAAGAGAAAGAAAACGAGAAGAAAAAGGGCAACAAGGACGGCGAGGACGAGAAGGCGAAAGCGAGCUUGAAGAACUUCUUCAGAGUCUUGACCUAUGGCACGACUCUGGAUUGGGUUCUCAUGGGCUUAUCGCUCCUCACUUCCGUGGGCAGUGGUAUUGCAAUGCCAUUGAUGAACAUCGUCUUUGGUCAAUUGACUGGAACAUUCACUGGCUAUUUCAUCCCUGGAUCAACCGUCACGAAAGCGGAAUUCCAGCACAAUAUCAACAAGAAUACGCUAUAUAUUGUCUAUCUGUUUAUAGGCAAAUUUGCGUGCUCCUACGUUUCCAUGCUCACAGUCAGGAUUAGCGGAUUGCGCAUAUCUGCAGCCCUGCGCCUAGCUUACCUCCAAGCCCUCUUCCAACAGCCCGUCAGUACCAUUGACACCAUUUCCCCGGGCAAAGUCUCUACGCGCAUAACGACAUCGUCGAAUACGAUUCAGCUGGCCAUAUCGCAGCAGCUGGCGAUGCUUGUUCAAGCAUUUGCAUUUACUGGAGGCCUAUACGUCAUUGCUUUCAUCUACAAUUGGCUGCUCACGUUUGUAGCUAGCGCAUCUCUUCCGUUCAUCGUCGUCGCAUACAGCCUCAUCAUUCCUGUCUUCAUCAAGAUUCACAAAAGAACCGAACACCUACAGGAACAAGCCUCCGGCCUUGCGUUUGAGAUCUUCUCGUCAAUCCGGGUGAUCUGUGCAUUUGGCGCCGAAUCUCGUCUCUCCGAACAACACCACGGUUGGUUGAUGAAGGCUAAGAAAUCGGAGUUGCAAAAUGGCCCCUUCAUGGGACUUUUGAUGGCUCCUAAUUUCUUGGCUAUGUACGGAACCUUUGGGCUGACAUUCUGGUUUGGUAUCCGCCAAUAUACACGCGGUCACAUCCAUAGUAUCAACACAAUUGUCAUUGUUCUUUUCUCCGUCAUGAUGGCCGUCAUGAGUAUCGGCAAACUUACAAGUCCACUACUUUCGAUCUCGAGAGCUGCAUCUGCUGCGACCGAGCUUUUCGCAACUAUUGACGCUGAGGUUCCUGACACAUCGGGACUAUCAGACCCAGAUGUAUCUGCUGAUACUGAUAUCGAGUUCGACGAUGUCUCGUUUGUGUAUCCUAGCAGGCCCGACGUUCAGAUCUUGGACCACUUGAACCUGCAUUUCGCGGUUGGAAAGACUACGGCUAUUGUUGGCCCUUCGGGCUCGGGAAAGAGUACCAUCGUGGCUCUUCUCGAGAGAUGGUACCCCCUUGUCGAGCGUCAAUCGACACUCACCAGUCAGGACCCAACGGAUUCUUUGGAGAAGUCGGAUACCCAAGCUGCAGAUGGUGACAAAAUCGAGCAGACACCAAACAUAUCCAUUCAGGUGGAGGAAGAGCGUAAAGUCCUAGCCGAGAAAUGUGUCGGAGCAAUUAGGAUUGGUGGGAUUCCCCUCUCCAAGAUUGAUCUGAAGUGGUGGCGCAGCCAGAUUGGAUUAGUGCAGCAGGAGCCGUUCCUCUUCAAUGACACCAUUUACAACAAUAUCGCUUAUGGGUUUUGUGGCACUAAGUGGGAAAACGAAUCCAAGGAGAAGAAACUGGAAAUGAUCAAGGACGCCUGUAAGGAAGCAUCUGCCGACGAGUUUAUAUCGAAGCUGCCUCUAGGUUACGAUACUUUUGUCGGAGAAAGUGGAAUCAAAAUGUCCGGUGGUCAAAGACAGCGCCUCGCCAUCGCUAGAAGCAUAGUCAAAAGGCCACCGAUCCUCAUCUUAGACGAAGCUACCAGUGCUAUCGACGUUCGUACCGAGCGUAUUGUCCAAGAAGCCCUCGACCGAGUUUCCAAGAACAGAACCACUAUCGUAAUCGCGCAUCGUUUGUCUACCAUUAGAAGAGCAGACAAAAUCAUCGUCCUCCGCCAGGGCAAGUUAGUCGAAGAAGGCACACAUGAAAAAUUGGUUGCCGACGAAGAAGGAAUCUACUAUGGUUUGGUUCACGCCCAGAACCUUGAGAUGGAACAUGAAGAGGCCAUCGAGGAAGACCUAGAGCUGCACCAUAUCAAGACGGAUGCAAGCGAGCUUUCCGAGAAACAUGCAGAAUUCAGUGAAGGGCGCAGCAGCCUAGAAUCCGGAAAUGAGCCCGUUUACAAGUACCAUGGUCUCAUCAGAAGCUUCGGACGUCUCCUAUACGAGCAGAGGACACGCUGGAUACCCUAUACCUUAACCAUCUUUGCUGCUAUGGUUUCAGGGGCUGUUUAUCCGCUCCAGGCCUUUAUUUUCGCCAAAAUCGUAAACGUUUUUACAUUUACCGGAUCAAAGCUCGUCCACGAUGGCAAUUUUUGGAGCGGUAUGUUCGGAGUCUUGGCGGCAGGUGUUGGUGCUUCCUACUUUGUCCUUGGGUGGGCUUCACACAUAAUAUCGACUGCCGUGUCAACUCACUAUCGUCAAGAGUAUCUUGAACAUAUGAUCACGAAACGAAUCCCUUUCUUUGAUGUCGAGGGCCAUUCUGCCGGUUCUCUUACAUCAAGACUGAGCAAUGACUCCACGCAGUUGGAGCAGCUCAUGGGCACUGAAAUGUCGAUGGCGCUCAUUAGUGUCUUCAAUCUGUCAGGGUCAAUCGCUAUUUCAUUCGCCUUCGGAUGGAAGCUCUCCCUGGUUGGCCUGUUUUCCGCACUCCCAAUCAUUCUAGGUGCCGGAUACCUGAGGGUAAGCCAAGAAAUGAAGUUUGAGAAGAUGAACGCGGCCGUAUUCGAGGAUAGCUCUCAAUUUGCUACCGAGGCGGUCGGCGCCUUCAGGACCGUCAUGUCCCUAAUCAUGGAAGAUACGAUAAGCCAACGCUACUCAACACUCCUCGAAGGUCACGUCACAAAGGCAUUCAGCCAAGCAAAAUACUCGACCGUCAUUUUCGCUGGCUCGGACAGUAUCGAGCUGGCGUGUAUGGCUCUAUGCUUUUGGUAUGGUGGCACAUUGCUCGCUUCCCGGGAAUACAAUAUCGUGCAGUACUUCAUCAUCUACAUGGCCGUAGUCCAGGGCAGCCAGGCCGCAGGAGUGUGGUUCUCUUUUGCUCCUAAUAUGGCGGAAGCGACCGGUGCUGCCAACCGUAUUCUCAGUAUUCGACCGGCACCACCAGGGAAGGACGAUAAAAAGCCACAACUGUUCAACAAAUCCGAAGGGCCCGUCGGUAUCGAGUUCCGAAACGUCUACUUCACCUACAAAGGCCGCGACGUACCCGUCAUCACAGGCCUGAACUUGAAGAUCGAGCCCGGCCAAUUCGCGGCCUUGGUUGGUGCUUCAGGUUGCGGCAAAUCCACAACCAUAAGUCUCCUUGAGCGAUUCUAUGACCCAGACUCUGGCUCAAUCAUAUGUGGGGACCAAGACACUUCAUCUGUGGAUAUCAAGGAGUACCGUAGUGCAUUGAGUCUUGUUGCGCAAGAGCCAACCCUAUACGAAGGCACACUUCGCGAGAAUGUCGCGCUCUCUGUCGAUGUCGCCUCCGCCACGGAUGAGGCUAUCGAGAAAGCCUGUAAAGACGCACAGAUCCACGAAUUCAUCCUCUCGCUUCCCGACGGAUACGCUACGAAGCUAGGGCCGAAAGGCAUGUCUCUCAGCGGAGGACAGAAGCAGCGUAUUGCCCUUGCCCGAGCGCUCCUUCGCCGCCCAAAGAUCUUGCUUUUGGAUGAAGCUACGUCGAGUCUGGAUUCCGAGUCCGAGAAGCAGGUACAGGCUGCCAUUGAGCGUGCUGCAGGAGGCGGCGCGAGGACCGUCAUUGCCGUUGCUCAUCGCCUCGCAACCAUCCAAAAAGCCGACAUCAUCUUCGUCCUCGGAAGCGGCAGAGUGCUGGAACAAGGAGACCACCAAAGCCUCCUUAAAAAGAGAGGCGUCUACUACCAAAUGUGCCAAGCGCAAGCUCUGGACCGGUAAUGGUCACGCAAUCCACCCUCUUUGUUUGGAUCAUCUUCUCUCUCAGCUUCUUUAUUAGGAUUUGAGCUUGUCCGUAGCGAUACCAAUGGGCUUCUCUGCUCGCACAUCAUACCAAUUUCGACUCUUCUCACCUCUCAUAGCGCAGAAGAACUCUUUCACUCCUUCUUUCAUGUAGAUUCAAUUGUAGACGUAUGAGCGGUAAUCUACAUGCGGCGAAUAGAUCCCAUGUUUGAUCCGCUCUCGCAGGAUCAGCCACUUCUCCCGUCAUGCUGUGAAAGCGUUUAGUGCAGUAUGUAUUUUAUGUGGAAGCAGAAGCACCGAUGGCCGAAGUUCCCCGAAGUUUGAUUCCGAAAUGCAAAG